CUAGUGGUGUUCAUUGAUUUCAACACGAGAAAGGUCCACCCUCAGAACAUUGUUGUGACUCUUUGCUCGGUUAAGCAUCCCAAUGGGUUGAUGCACAAUUGGAAUGGGAGAUGUUGCGGUAUGACUGGUUGGCUUCAUGAUGAGAAAGGCUUCCUUAGUAGAACAAUUCAAGUUAGUAAGGGCUGUGUAGGUUUUAGAGUAAAAUCUUUUCGAGAGUGUGAUUGUUGGAAAUGAGAUCUGCGGUAAGCAUCUGAUAGACUUUUGGUUCAGUUUUGAUUCGGCUGUGUCAUCAUCAGAAGAUGGAUUUAGCAUUAAGUUGUAUAUUAGAGAGGAUAUAGAGAAUAGGGGAGAGAUCUUAUAAAUUACCCACUAAUACAUUACAAUUGUAUCUACUUUGUUUCCCUUCUGGGUCGCAAGUAUUCUUGGAAUCCAUACAAAUCUUGAUCUU